AUGCAGCACAAAUUUCAACAGUACAGCAGGAAAUGCCUGGCGCUACUGGACCAGAUGGGUGGAGAAGUUACUGAAGACAUCAGUCCAGUGCAUUUCCCUGAGGACCUGUACAAGCUGGCUAAGAAAUCAGAGCCUGAGAGACUCACCUGGUUCGUGGCCCAGGUGCUGCAGGAGGUGUCAGAGCUGAUGGACGGAGCCCUGGAGGAGGUGGAGGAGGAAGAGGAGGAGAGUAAGGAGGAGGAGAGUAAGGAGGAGGGAGAGGAGGUGCUGCAGUGGGAGGAGAAGGAGGUGAAGGACUUCAUGAGCACUCUGGACACACAGCUGGAGGGAACACUCUCAUGUGUGCACUCUAAGAAUAAGAAGAGCAGGAGGCUGCACCUCUACUUCAAGAAGCUGAGAAACGAAACUGUGGAGAAAAUGGAGGACAAGGUCAAGGCCUGGGAGCUGGUGAGGAAGGAAGUCAGAAACCACCUGAGGAGAGUCAACCACCUGGCCAGCAUUCACAUCUAAACACACAAGCACCACCUGGCCAGCAUUCACAUCUAAACACACAGGAACCACCUGG